CACCUUAAGUACACUCUUAAUCACUCGCUUUCCCAAUCUCAACCACCUCCUCAACCCCCCAAACCAAAUUCAAAAUUCACGAACCCCACACCUUUUUAUAUAUACACGUACACCUUGUUCCUCUCUCUUCAAUUCAAUUCAAUCUUCACCUUCUCACAAAACAUACACAGUUUCAGAAUUCAUACUACAAACUGAAACAAAUUUAUUUACCUUUCAUCAGCGACGAUAAUGGCUUCCGUUUUAGCUUCUUCUUCUUCUCCUCCUGCAUUAUGUGAUUCUGUUGAUGUUGCUGCGGAAUUCGCACUCGAUUUUAGCGCCAAGCUCAGGAUUGAGGAGCCGGGUUUGAGUGUUGUGGAUGAAGAGGAGUUUAGCUUUGUUUGUGGGGAUCUCUCUGAGACUUUGGCUUCUGCUGAUGAGCUUUUUCACAACGGCCAGAUCCGCCCUAAGUUCCCUUUCUUUGUCGACGAGUGCGAGGGUGGUUCACCUCUCCGCCCGCCUUUGAAGAAGCUCUUUGUGGAGCGGCGGGACAUUUCGUCGCCGGCGUUGGAGGACUCUGAAUCCAUAGAAUGGAACAGAGCUCCGCCGGUGAGAUCGUACUGUAGGUGGUCGAACAAGAAGACCACGGAGGUUUUGAACCAGAGGUGCGAGAAGAGUAAUUCCACGGGAUUCUCAAAGCUCUGGAGGUUUAGGGACUUGAAGCUACGGAGCAACAGCGACGGGAAGGACGCUUUCGUGUUCUUGACAGCGAGCACCAAGAAGCGGGCUAGCUCUGGCACGACGGAGGCCGAAAAGGCCGUGAACGUGAAGGGAAAGGCGGAGAAGAUCAUUUCCGGCGAGGGAAAAAAAGACGCCGUAAGGAAAUCGAAGAGCAAAACGGCGUCGUGGGGACCAGAGAAACACUAUGUUAUGAUCAGAGCGAGGAAGGAGGGUGAUAGAAGGAGAUCAUACUUACCUUACAGGCAAGAUCUGGUAGGGUUCUUCACCAACGUGAACGGAUUCAGCAGAAAUGUUCAUCCUUUCUGAGUUUUCGAUGCAACGUUAUCGAAUGAAGCAAAGAAGAGAUUGGAAAACUGAUUAGUAAUUUGUAAGUAAUUAAGUUUUUUUUUUUUUUUAACCUUCUCAGGUAUAGGAAUCUAACUUUGAUUAGGAGGAUCUUUCUUUAGCCGAAGGAAUUGAAUCUUUUAGAAGAAUUGAGGAAAUUUUUUUUGCUCUUAACAAGAGUUUGUAAUCUCCUCAAUGAUCAUGUAAAUUCAGUACUCCUGAGUCAUUA